CAGGCUGAAGUGAAUGCAGAGAGAGAGGAGGGGAAAGCAGAGCACAAGCGAAAGAAGGUUAGCCAGCAGCGAGUGAAGAAAAUGGCGAUCACGCAGGAUGAAUGCCUCCCCUCGUAGAUGCUGCAAACGCGUUGAAUUUCUUUAGCCUUACAGUCGGCUUUCCUUUCCACUCUGUUGCACUUUAUACUUCAAUGAGAGAUUAGGAAUUGGAAGCUGUUGCCACCAAAGAAACUGAAGCAUCUUAACAGGGAACACACCCACAGAGGGAAGAACAGUGGAUGGAAGAGAGAGAGAGACGGAGAGUGUGACAAGGAAGGAGGAUAAGAAGAUACGGGACUGGACAAAAGUGCCAGAGCAUACCAAGUCAAGACAGCGUCCUUAAUCUAAACCACGUCCCCCCUUCCCCCUCCCUGCACGUAACUUUCGCAUCCACACAAACACACACUUGCAGACACAAACACACACAUACAGUCCUCAGCGAUGCCAAGGAGGGCUGAUCAGCCUGCUGCCCGCUCUGACAAGCCCUGCCUCUUCACCUCAGACCCUUGAGGCUGUGCUCUCUGAGCUUUGACCGUUGACCUCCCCUGUGUCGACCUGGGAACCAGAGGUCACCUGUUCUCCACUCAACCCGGGGACGCCCUCCUGCCCAGCCAGGACCUGCAGCCACCAGUGGCACUCAAAGGCAUGGCUCCCAUUCGGGAUUCCGUCAGCCACUCCCCUAAUCAAACAGGUCUGGAGCAUCCUGGCUUGGACUCGCAGUAUGAGCCUUCCCCCUGGUCCUCUGGCUCUCCCUGCAGCAGUGACAGCAACAGCAACUGGGGCAAAGUCCUAGUGGACGGAAGCACUGACAAACCCAGUAACUCUUCUUCAACCAGCUCGUCCGUCUGGCCUCCCUCUUCCUCUUCAUUUUCUUGCUCCUCCUCUUCUUCCUCUUCUGGCUGCGGGUCAGGAUCUGACCCUGAGUUGGCAUCAGAAUGCAUGGACGCAGAUUCUAACUCCUCAAUUGGCUCGGAGAAAAACCUUGCCGCUGUUGCUGCGACAACAGUGAUGAUGAUGUCAGCAAAUGCUUCUUCCUCUGUGUCUUCUACAGCUUCUUCCCCCUCCUCCUCUUUGGUGACCCCUACAAUGAUGGUCGGCGUUUCUGUGAAUGGGGACAGCAAUGGCAACAGUCGUCAGGUAAUUGGUGGCGGUGUGGGAACCAUCAGCAGUGCAAAUAAUGGAAAUAAUAACAUCACCGGGCCCUCACACUACUCUGUGGCUGGGUCCAACAGUAUUGGCAGCAAUAAUAUGACUAACCACAACAAGCUUGUCAGCAACAGUGGUGUAUGGGGCACCCAGUCAGGCAGCAACAUGAUCACCACUGGUGGAAGCACCCCCUGCAUCAAUGGAGGGUUGAACCCAAACACUUUAAACCCAAAUGCCAACCAUGGUGCCUGGCCACAGAAUCCAUCCCCAAGCCCAGUGUCCCAGGGCCAACGGCCUCCACAGGCUCAGGGGAUGACUUCCAAACUGGGUAUGGCUCCCCAACAAAGCCCUUUGCUGGGCUGGGGUGGCAUGGCAGCUCCAGACAACAGCAGUAUGAUGGAAGACACUGAGUUGAAUAAUGGUACAUCAGGCGGCAAGGUGUUAGGAAGCAGCAACAGUGGAAAUGGAGGCCUGCAGCCUCCCAACCUUAACACUGAAUUCAAUGGACCAAAUAACACUAUCAUGAUGAAUACUACUACUACUACUACUAACGCCACAAUGACCUCUAGUCCACCAAACUCUACCGCCUCAUCCCAACUCAGUGGGGAUUGUUCCUGGGGUUCCAUUGGAGGAGGGAAUGGGGGUCCGCUGGCCAAUGGAAACCCCUCAUCAGCCCCCCAGCACCCCCAAGGAGAGCUGGGGGUUACUGGGGCCUUCGGUACGCCUUGGGGCGCAGCUACCUACCCUGUAGACAAGGGCCCCCCAAAUGCAGACACUGUGAACCCCCAAAUCUCCUCUACUGCUGCUUACAAGAGUAAUAAUAACCACAAUAACACUGGGGCCCCACGCUGGGACCAGGGGCCCAACAGUAACCCAAACCAGCCUCAGAGCAACUUGUCCUGGGGUGUUGGCUCAAAUCAAAUCCCAGGCUCUGCAGCCCAAACACCAGGAAAUGGGAACCAAACUACAAUGGGCCCUCCAGCAGGGAUACCUCACCCCUGGGGGAGCAGUGCAUCCUCUUCUUCUUCAUCCUCAUCAUCCUCUUCCACAUCUAACAACAAGAUGUCAAAUGGAGAAUGGGGAUCAACAACUCCUGUUAACAACCUCUCAGAUGCUGGAAGCCAUAAAGGAAGCUCUACCAACAAUGGCUGGAAGAGCCUGGAGGAUGACGCCAUGGGCAUGGGAGGAGCAGGGGGAGGAGGUGGAAGCCAUGGCUUAGGGAAUGUCACUGGAAGCUGGGGCCGCUCUGGAGGAAGUGAGGGAAGCGGGGAGAGCUCCGGAGGCCGAUCCAGCUCAGACAGAGACCAGUCAAAAGGGGGAAAUCGCAGAAAAGGUACCCAUUCUGCAACAAUACUAUCAGCUCUGACCCGGGCCGAUGUGGACCCGAGGGUUCUGUCCAACACUGGAUGGGGACAGACGCCCAUACGGCAGAACACUGCCUGGGAUGUCAGUUCUCCUGCUAGCAAUCAGCACCAGGCUCCCAGAGGAGACGAAAGAAAGCAUAGUAGUGGAGGCUCCGGCUGGGGCACAGCAACACCGGCAGCUCCCUCCCAGACCUCUGGAGGCUGGGGGGGUGGGCCAGGCAGCUCAGGUCCAGAUACAGGAGGUUCUGCCUGGGGAGAGCAGAGACCAACCUCUAGGUGGGACAGCAAAGCCCCACCAAACGGAGGAGGUGGGCAGAGUGGCUGGGAUGAUGGAUCCAGCUACAAGGGUAGUAACAACAACAGUAACACCUGGAGCAACAAUAUUAACAAAGAAGACAGAUCCAGUACCUGGACUAAUGCACCAAAACCACAGCAGAGCUGGGGUUCCAAUAGUGGCAAUGGAAAUGAAACCUGGGGUGGCAGUGGAGAUGGUGCAAGACAAGGGGCCAGCAACCACUGGGGAGAGCCCCAAAAAGGGGCAGGCUCUGUGGGCUGGGACAGCGACAGCGACCGGUCUGGCUCUGGAUGUUGGAGUGAGCCAAGCCGAACCAACACCAGCAGCAGUAACACCUGGGUGGGGAGUGGAGGAUCAAAUACUCCAGACCAGAACACUCCAAACCCGGGCUCCAACUGGGGAGACUCAGUCCAAAAACCCAAUCCUCAUAGUAACAGUCAGGGUUGGGGCGAGCCAAUGAAGAACAACCACGGAGGCCAGAAUUGGGGUGAGCCAAAUCCUAAGCCCUCCAACGAGUGGGGAAAAGGUCCUGAGUCCAACAUGUCCAGAGGCAAUCAAGGCCCUAACAAGCCCACAGGCUGGCUAGGAGGUCCCAUGCCCACAGUAGGUCAGAAGGAGGAAGUUGCAACUGGAUGGGAAGAACCUUCUCCUGAGUCCAUCCGUCGUAGGAUGGAGAUCGAUGAUGGAACUGCGGCUUGGGGAGACCCAGGCAAAUACAGCGGAGGAUCUGUCAAUAUGUGGAACAGGAGUGGCCAACCGGACCAGGAGACUAUGGGCCCAUCCUCUCAACAUCAGUCCCACCCAGCACAUAGCUCGAUGCAGCCAAUGCAGCAUAUUAACCAGGAUAAAAGCUGCAGUUCUGGCUGGGGUGAGCCAUACCCUCAACAGAAAGACUCUUCAUCAUGGGGGGAGCCCACUGCUGCUCCGCCUGUGAAAGUAGACAACGGGACAUCUGCCUGGGGGAAGCCUAUGGACAGCAGCUCCAGUUGGGAUGAACCCAGCAGGGAUGGCCGCGAACCUGGAUGGGGUGGCCAGCAUAAGUCUGCUCCUGGUCCCAAGCCCAUGGAGACAUGGUGCGGUGAGGAGGUGUCCAUGAGCAAUAGCUGGGAUCAAGAAGAAGAAGUGGAGAUCGGCAUGUGGAGCAACAGCCAACAGGACAACAGAUCCCAUGACCAAAACACCUGGAGUUACAAGCAUAAAGGCUCCAAUAAGAUGAACAAACCAGUCAACAAACAGGACGAACCCUGGAUGAAACCCUUCAUCAACCAGUUCAACAGCAUGAACUUUUCUAGAGACUCUCCUGAUGACUCCAUGAAGACAGGAGCAGGGAUGGUGCAGGACAAGCGCAUGGACAUGGGCAGUAUGGGAGAUUUCAAUGGAGUAAUGGGGAAGAACCCAGGGUCUCGGCACCAGCUCCACAAGGAGUCUGCCAUGGAUCGCAGUCCUUACUAUGACAAGCUUUCCCCCUCUGCUUAUGAUAAUCCAGCUUCUGAUGAACUGUCCUCCAAUCAAAGCAUGAGCCUUUCCCCUUCCAAUUCUGCUCAGCCUAUUCCCUGUCUCAACUCUGGGCCGUCUCCUUCCCACUCUAGUUCUGGGCCCACUCGGCAGAAUGUAAACCCUAUGUUGGGUGGCAGCAGUGUAGCACAGGGCCGUGGCGGCCCCCAGUCCCAGCCCCCUCCUCAACCCAAUCUUCGUAACCAAGUGCCUCCACCCAUCCUGCCCUCUCAGGUCCCUCCAUCCCUGUUGAAGUACCCGGGAGGUAACGGAGGUCUGAGCCCUCUGCUUGGCCCACAGCAGGUGGCUGUACUCAACCAACUCUCCCAGCUUAACCAGCUGUCGCAGCUCACUCAGAUCAACCAGUUACAGCGUCUUCUCCUUCAGCAACAGCAGCAGCAGCAGCAACAACAGCAACAGCAGAAGGCUCAAAGCCAGAGAGCCAUGCCGGUGGGACGUCAGACUGAACAGACACGUCCUAUUGGUUCAUCUCCGUCAAUGAUGCAGCCGCCACGACACCUGGACCCAUCCCUUAUGAAGCAGGCCCCACCCCUCAAACCAUACCUGGACAACUACUUGUCCCACAAUACCCCUGAGAUGCAGAAGGAUGCUGCCGCUCUCGGAUCCUUCAGCAACUUCCCUUUAAGCUUGAACUCUAACCUGAAUGUAUCCCUGGACAUGGGUGUUGGUGGUGGUAGUAGUGGUGGUGGAGCUGUGAGCUACAAAGAGCCACCCCAGUCCAGACUGAAGAAACUUUGGGCUACUGACCCUCUAGAGCAGAACAGCAAAUCUGGUGCUAUGUCAUCUGGGCUGCGUCUGGAGGACUCCCCCUUCUAUGAUUUCCUGUCUCCUGGCCCAUCUCCCCUGAGUCCUCCCGGCCAAUCAAUGGGCUCGGUGGGUGAUGGCUGGCCGCCCCGUGCCAACUCCCCCCCACCCCAUGCAAACACUGUCACCUGGCCUCCAGAGUUCCGGCCCGGGGAGCCUUGGAAAGGUUACCCCAACAUUGACCCUGAGACUGACCCUUAUGUGACCCCUGGCAGUGUCAUCAACAACCUCUCCAUCAACACCGUCCGCGACACAGACCACCUCAGGGACAGGAACAACGGGCCAUCCUCAUCACUGAACACCACGAUGCCUUCUAACAGUGCCUGGUCAUCCAUUCGUGCCUCCAGCCACAGCGGUUCCCUCACCAGUACAGCACAAAGCACUUCAGCCAGACCCAGUGAGUCAAAGUGGUCUCCCAGCGGCGGUUCUGUGUCCAACUCCUCCCUAGCCCAUGAGCUUUGGAAGGUCCCCCUGCCUCCCAAGGCGGCUCCCUCCAGACCACCACCCGGCCUCACCAGCCAGAAGCCCAGCCCUGCCUCCUCCGGCUGGGACGGCUCUGCCCUAAGGCUGGGGGGCUGGGGCUCCACUGAGUCCAGAUAUACACCUGGUUCCAGUUGGGGUGACAGCAGCAGCUCAGGGAGAACCCAAUGGCUUGUUCUGAAAAAUCUCACACCUCAGAUUGACGGCUCUACACUGAGGACUCUGUGCAUGCAGCACGGCCCUCUGAUCACAUUCCACCUCAACCUGCCGCAUGGUAACGCUGUGGUGUGCUACAGCUCCAAGGAUGAGGCCGCAAAGGCCCAGAAGAGCCUGCACAUGUGUGUUUUGGGGAACACUACUAUUCUGGCUGAGUUUGCCAGCGAGGAGGAAAUCAACCGUUUCUUUGCACAAGGGCAGUCAUUGGCGACUCCCUCCUCUGGCUGGCAGGCCAUCGGCUCUUCUCAGAGCAGAAUGGAUCAGUCUCACCCCUUUCCCAGCCGCGCUCCUGAAGCUAGCCAGUGGAACAGCAGCGAUCUCCACAGCUCCUCCCUCUGGGGCGGGCCCAACUAUUCCAGUAGCCUGUGGGGGAGCCCCAGUGGCACCGAGGCAGGGAGGAUCAGCAGCCCCUCUCCAAUCAGCUCCUUCCUCCCGGUGGAUCACCUGACGGGCGGCGGGGACUCCAUGUGAACCGCCUGCCAAUCACACAGGCUGGGGGAAGGGUCAGUAGAGAAUUAUCAAUAAUCAGCAGAAGAAAAUGGUAAAGAAAAAAAAAGUAGUUAUAAACGCUAUGGCACUAGUUGGACUCUUUCUCACUUACAAGAUAUUCAACAAUACGGGGUCUCCCCUGUGGAAAACAAGUUACGUUUCUCUCUCUGCACAUAUGUCCACUUUGUUUUAGCCCAAAAACAUAUCAGUCGGAAUACUUGAAUCAUGCAGGCCAAUUCUAUAAUGUGAACGGAUGGAUAUUUGCUUCCAGGUAGUGCUCUUUCAGACCGAAAAAAGCUUCAAUCGAGCUCAUUAUUAUAUAUAUUUUUUUGUUUCAUUCGUCAUGUUUAUUUGAAUUCCAAUUCUUUUUAUUUUUAACGUUUUCUUUUUGUUUUAUUUUCUUUCUUUUUUUGCAUUUAUUUGCUGACAAUGUUGGAGUAUGAGCUUUUUUAACUUUGCACUGAAUGUGGUUUUUUCUCAGUAUAUAUAAUCUGCAAUAUAGAGGGAGCAGCCAGUUUUUCCAGUGUAGCUGUUUACUCAUUGAGGUCCUUACCGUAUGUGUGUAUGCGUGUGCAUGCGCACGUGUGUGUGGAAGUACUUUGUGUGUGUGUGUGUGUGUGUGUGUGUGUGAGUUGCGAAUGAGUACGUGUGCGCUCCUCUCUGCCUUGGCACGCCUACCUUACUGCGUUGUCGUGGAGUUCAAGAUCAACAGAUGGUUAAAGAAUAAAACCUGACUUAGGAUGAUUAUCUGGUGAUCGUAAAAGUGACAUUUAAAAGUAUUGCACCAAUUUUGUUUUAAAACUAAAGAACGUUGAGCUCUGCAGUGCAAAGGACUGUAGCCGCAGCUGGGACUAGCAAGCCCCGCCCACCCUAAUAUAGGUGGCGGAGCCUAUCUAGCAAGCCCCCCCGCCAGCCCCCUAGUGGGCAGGUGGGGGAACAGCACUUUCAGAAUAGGCUUUCAAUGUUUUGGAGGUGCCACACUGCAACCUCUUGUUUACAAGACUUAGGAGGCGGAACGUGUGUUCAUUCUUCAUUUUAAAGAGAAGAUGGAAUAAAACAGAAAAUGCACAAAAAAAAUAUAAAACUGAUCAAAAACGCAUAAAAAAUUUAUAAAAACAAACAAAAACAAAAAAUGUAAACUCUUAUUGAGGAUGAAGACGAUGCUUUGUAACUCUGGGAAUUCGGAUCAGUGUUUUUGGCCAUGGCGUUGGUUAUUUGAACUAUUCCUCUUUGUCUGCUAAAUAACCAGCAAUGGUUCUCAGGAAAUCAAGCCAGUUUUCCCCCCCUUGUAGUUGAAUUAAAAAAAAAAAAAAACUACUACUCCUUGUAGGAAAGGAAAAUCCAACUUCUAGCACUGAAAACUAUGUAUAGGUCUGUAAGUUUUUUUUCUCUGCCAAAUAACUGCUUUAAGCUGGAGAAGCUCAACACACUGCUUUCAAUAUGCUGUCAUUUGAGGGAGGGGGAGGGCCUAAUGUGGGGGGUGGAGGAUGGGCUGCAGAAAUCCCAACGCUCCCUCUCUCCUCCUCUUCCUCCACUCCUCCACUCCACUGAUGUAAAAAUCAAACGUGGGGAGUGUUAUCGUGUGAGUGCGUGUGGAAAAUGUUCUGUCUCGUCAGACUUAUAAACCAAGAGAAAGGCAAAUCUGUAUCUAUGCAUACUGUAGCCUCUCACAUUCACAUGGCCUACUGAGAGGCGUUUUUUUUUUUCUUCCCGUGU